AUGGAAUCAAAAACUUUAAGUUGCAUAGUUCUGUUAGCUCUAGCAACAUCACUAGUCAUUUUCCAAAUGGCAUCAGCUGGUGACCCUGACAUCCUAACAGACUUUGUGAUGCCACUCGAGGUUCCAUCAGUUGACGCUUCCUACUUCACCUUCUCAGGCCUAAGGGGCCUCGUAGGAGCUCCACCACCCGAAAAAUUCAAGGUGACAAAGGCAGGCAUGACCGAAUUUCCAGCCCUGAACGGACAAAGCGUUUCCUAUGCAAUUCUACAGUACCCUGCAGGCUCUGUCAACCCUGUCCACACUCAUCCACGUUCAGCCGAGCUACUUUUCCUCAUGUCAGGUACAUUGGAAGUAGGAUUCAUCGAUACCACGAACAAGAUAUUCACUCAAACAUUGCAAACAGGAGACGUUUUCGUGUUCCCUAAAGGACUAGUACACUACCAAUACAAUGCUGAUGCUGAAAAUUGUGCUUGGGGUGUAUCUGCCUUUGGAAGUGCAAAUGCAGGCACUGUUUCUAUUCCUAACUCUGUGUUCAAUACAAGCAUUCCUGAUAACAUUUUGGCUAAAUCUUUCAAGACUGAUAUCAUUACCAUUCAGAAAAUUAAGGCAGGUCUAGCCUGA